AUGCCUGAUGUGCAUUUACUGAUAGCCCACGCUCAAUCUGCAGAUAAUAAUGUUAGAGAAAAUGCUGAAUCUGAGCUACUGCAAAAAUGUGAUGAGAAUGCUUCUGUUGUAUUUAACUCACUAAUUGAAUUAGCAAAUAAUAUAAAUGAGCCAUUAUCGUCUAGACAAUUUUGUAUUUUAUCUUUAAAAAAGUUAAUAACGAUGUACUGGAGCCCUGGGUUUGAUUCUUAUAGAGGUACAUCUAACGUACAAGAAGAGACUAAGGAAUUUUUACGUGAUUCUUUGCUGAAACUAUGCCUUAACACAGAACAAGAUUCUAAAAUUAAGAGCAGUUCAUCUUAUUGUAUUGUACAAAUAUCUGCUAUUGAUUUCCCGGAUUUAUGGCCAAACUUAUUGGUGGUUAUUUACAAUGCUAUUUUAAAAGACCACUCCAUCGAAGCAAUGUCUCUACUGAAUGAAAUUUAUGACGAUGUCAUAUCAGAAGAAAUGUUCUUUGAAGGUGGUGUAGGUGAAGAAACUAUUAAAACCAUCUUUGCUAUUUUCACAUCUCCAGAAACAAAUAUUAAAGCAAAGGUAGCUGCUUCCAAAUUAUUGCAUUCAACUGUAUUACAAAUGUCAAUCUUGGAUAAUAGCAUGUCUUUUAAGAGGAAGGACUUUGUUUCUCAGUGUAUUACCAAAUUACUGGAUAUUUUGCUGACUAUUUUGCCACAUUUAGACGUAAACCAAUCCGAGGAUGCACUACAACUAAAAACUAACUUUUAUGAAGAACUAACAACCAUUAAAACCGAAUUUCCUAAGAAACUUUUUCAUAACUCUUUGGUAACCAAUUUUAAAGCAAUAUCAUUGAAAGAUUUGGAAAUUAUAGGAUCUUCGUAUUUACAAUUUAUAGAUAGCGAUGCCUCUGGAUCACAAUUGCAACUGAUUAAUGAAUAUGGUGUCCAUUUAAUAGACUUCAUAUCCUCUUUGUCAGUCCAAGGCUUUGACAAGGUAGAUUUGACUAGAAUAGUCUCAUCUUUGGUUAUGCUAUGUUGCUUGGAUAAUAACACUUAUGAAUCAUGGGAGAGUGAUUUCAAUACUUUUAUUUCAAAGGAAGCUGGAUUACUGGCAAAUUAUACAAUUAGGGAUCAAACUAUGCAAUUUUUUUCUGAUCUUGAAAAGCCAACAUAUUCAAUUGCAUAUGGAAUAAUUUUAGAGGAACUUAAUAAAAGCAUGGAGAAUUACAAUAAUUGGAAAUUGCAGGAAUCAUUAUUAUAUACACUCCAAAGCAUUAUUUCAAGCGAAGAAGAAUUUAAUUCUGAGUUAUUAGGUUAUACUGAAAAUGUUCUAAAUUCGUUAGGCAAACUAUUGAUGGAUCCAAGUAGCAAUAUCAUGGUGAAAUCUAGAUGUUUAUUACUAUGCCCAAAAUAUCUUGAAAAAUUCAUGGAAUCAUAUACUGCUGUGAAACCUAUGACUAAAGAACUUCUAUCUACGUCCUUGAAUCUCUCACUAAACACUUCUAGUGAGAUUCUCAAGAGUUCGAUGUUAAUUGCUUUUUCCUACUACGCUAGUUAUGCUGAUCUGUCAUCCGUUUUAGGGUCUGCGGAUUGUAUAUCAAUUCAACAAGGACUCUUAAAAAUUAUAAAAGAUAUUGCUAAUGAUGCUGAAGAGGAUACAUAUGCUAUUUGUGUAGAAACAAUUAGUAAUGUUAUAGAUAAUAACUCUUCUGGAACUGGUUCUGAUGAAGUCAGAGAUAAUGAAUUUAAUAUACUGUUAGAAAUAUCAUUUAAAGAUCCUGGGAAUAUCCAACUUUCUGUAGAAUCGCAGGAAUGUUUAGAAAAAUUAUUAGAUGGAAUGGAUAUUAGCUUAUAUAUAUAUUACGCUGAAAAAGUUAUUCCCUUAUUAAUAAAAAUAAUUGCAGACCAUGCUUCAACAAAUUAUGAUUACUCUCCAUUGUUAUCACUAACCUUAGAUUUUUUGAUGACAUUUAUGAAAAAAAAACCUGUUGAUUCAACUCUUCCUGUAGAAAUAUCCAAAUUAGUAUUUAAUCCGGUAUGUGAAGUGUUAUUAUCAUCCAAUGAAGAGGAGACUAUCCAGCUGGCUACUGAGGCCUUCAGCUUUCUGGUAUUUAACUCUGAUGUGUCAUUAAUGCAAACUGUUUUGGAGAAUAUUGUCAAUGUUUUAAGUAAGUUGUUAUCGCUAAAUAUUUCUGAUACGGCAGCAAUGAAUGUGGGUACCUUAAUCAUUACAAUUUUCAGCAAAUUUAGCCAACAGAUUCAAGAGUUAUUACCAGCUAUUUUACAAGCUACAACCCAAAAGUUUGUCAAUGCUAAAAAUAUUAUCACCUCUCAAAAUCUAUUAAUGGUUUUCUGUUUUCUAAUAUGCUCAGAUCCACAACAAACAGUCGAUUUUCUAUAUAAUUUGUCUCUAGAAGAUCAACAAGAAGAAAAUACACUAACUCUUGUUCUCAAAAAAUGGUUAGAGUUAUUUGACAUCAUAAGAGGUGAAAAACGUAUAAAGGAGAACAUAAUUGCAUUAAGUAAAAUCUAUCUUUUAUUGGAUAAGCGUAUUGAAUUAGUUAUUGUCAAUGGCGAUAUUAUUCCUUAUAGUGGAGAUAAAAUUAUAACAAGAUCAAUGGCAAAAAGCAUUCCAGAUCAAUUCACUCAAAUGCCUAUUUAUGAAAAGAUCGUGAAAUUGUUUUUAGGUGAACUUGCAUCUCAAUCCAAAAAUAUAUCUGAUGCAAACUUACAUAGCAUUGAUAUUCAGAAGCUUGCACGUGCUGAAGAAAACCAAGUAGAACAAAAACUAGACUCUAGUGAAGAUGAUGAUUGGGAGGAUGUCGAAGAUGUUUUGGACUAUGAGAAACUACAAGAAUACGUCGAUGACGACGAUGAUGAAUUGGCUAACUACACAUCCGACGAAGAUAAUGACACACCUACCGGUCAAAUCAUAGGUGAUAUCAAUCAAUCAGUGUCUGAGCUGAUUAUUAACUUCUUCAAAGAAGUUACAUCGAAAAACAUAAACUCUUUCCAGGAUAUUUAUAGCUCUCUUUCUGAAGAUGAAAAAAAGUUACUAGCUAAUGCACUUGUAUAA